AUGCUUCCAGUAGCCGAGGUGCCUCCUGUGGUAUCCAUGCUACCCGUGGCCGAGGAGCCCCCUGUAGUGGUCAUGCUUCCAGUAGCCGAGGUGCCUCCAGUUGUGGUAUCCAUGCUUCCCGUAGCCGAUGUGCCUCCUGUAGUGGCCAUGCUUCCCGUAGCCGAGGUGCCUCCUGUGGUAUCCAUGCUUCCAGUCGCCGAGGAGCCCCCUGUAGUGUCCAUGCUGCCUGUAGCCGAGGAACCUCCGGUAGUGGCCAUGCUGCCCGUAGCCGAGGAGCCUCCUGUGGUGUCUAUGCUUCCAGUAGCUGAGGAGCCUCCCGAGGUGGCCAUACUGCCCGUGGCCGAGGUGCCUCCUGUAGUGUCCAUGCUUCCGGUCGCCGAGGUGCCUCCUGUGGUGGCCAUGCUACCUGUAGCUGAGGUGCCUCCAGUAGUACCUCCCGAAGUGGCCAUGCUGCCAGUAGCCGAAGUGUCUCCUGAGGUGGCCAUGCUACCAGUGGCCGAGGAGCCUCCUGUAGUACCCCCUGAAGUGGCCAUGCUGCCAGUGGCUGAGGAGCCUCCUGUGGUGUCCAUGCUGCCCGUGGCCGAGGAGCCUCCUGAGGUGGCCACGCUACCCGUAGCCGAGGAGCCGCCUGUAGUGUCCAUGCUGCCCGUGGCUGAGGAGCCGCCUGUAGUGUCCAUGCUGCCCGUGGCCGAGGAGCCUCCCGAGGUGGCCAUGCUACCAGUGGCCGAGGAGCCGCCUGUAGUGUCCAUACUGCCAGUUGAAGUGACAGAUCCGGUCAAUGACAAGGUAGAUUCUCCCGGAUCGCCCCCAGUAUUCGUAUUAACCAAUGACGUAGUGUCGGUGUUUGUGGCCAUGCUACCCGUAGCCGAGAUGCCUCCUGUAGUGUCUAUGCUACCCGUAGCCGAGGAGCCUCCCGAGGUGGCUAUGCUGCCUGUAGCCGAGGAGCCGCCAGUAGUGCCCAUGCUUCCAGUGGCCGAGGAGCCUCCAGUAGUGCCCAUGCUACCCGUGGCCGAGGAGCCUCCCGUAGUGGCCGAGGAGCCUCCCGAGGUGGCCAUGCUACCCGUGGCCGAGGAGCCUUCUGUUGUGUCCAUGCUACCCGUGGCCGAGGAGCCUCCCGUAGUGGCCGAGGAGCCUCCCGAGGUGGCCAUGCUACCCGUGGCCGAGGAGCCUCCUGUUGUGUCCAUGCUACUCGUGGCCGAGGAGCCUCCCGAGGUGGCCAUGCUACCCGUGGCCGAUGAACCUCCUGUAGUGUCCAUGCUACCCGUGGCCGAGGAGCCGCCCGAGGUAGCCGAGGAGCCUCCCGAGGUGGCCAUACUACCCGUGGCCGAGGUGCCUCCUGUGGUGUCCAUGCUACCCGUGGCCGAGGAGCCUCCCGAGGUGGCCAUGCUACCUGUAGCCGAGGAGCCGCCUGUGGUGUCCAUGCUUCCAGUGGCCGAGGAGCCUCCCGUGGUGGCCGAGGAGCCUCCCGUAGUGGCCAUGCUGCCCGUAGCCGAGGAGCUGCCUGUAGUGUCCAUGCUGCCCGUAGCCGAGGAGCCUCCCGAGGUAGCCAUGCUUCCUGUAGCUGAGGUGCCUUCCGAAGUUGCCAUGGUGCCAGUUGAACUAAUAGAUCCAGUAAAUGACAAGGUAGAUUCUCCCGGAUCGCCUCCAGUAUUCGUAUUAACCAAUGAUGUGGUGUCGGUGUUUGUAGCCGAGGUGCCUCCCGUAGUGUCCUCUGAAGUGGCAAUGCUGCCAGUGGCCGAGGUGCUUCCUGUAGUAGCCAUACUACCAGUAGCUGAGGUGCUUCCUGACGUCGAAGCGCUACCGGUAUCCGAGGUAGCCGAGCUGCUGUCCGAGGUCGCCAUGCUACCGGUAGCUGACGUGGUAUCUGAGGUUGCCAUACUUCCAGUAGCCGAAGUACUCCCAGAUGCCGUGGUGCUACCGGAAGCGGAGGUCUCUCCUGAAGUUUCAGCAGAAGUUGUUCCGCUAGUACCUGAGUUGGUAGUGGAAUCUGUCGUUGUGCCUGACCCUGAGGAUGUCCCUGAACUUGAUGCCGUGCCAGAGCUUGUAGUUGCGCCAGAACUCGUUGAAUCUGAGCCUGUCAUUGAGCCCGAGCCCGUGGUUGAGUCUGUGGCUGAAGUUGUCCCACUGCCGGUUGUUCCCGUGCCUGAGGUUGUUCCCGUGCCCGAGGAUGUUCCUGAGCCUGUUCCGGAGCCUGUAGUUGUUCCCGUGCCCGAGGUUGUUCCCGUGCCCGUAGUUGUUUCCGUGCCCGUAGUUAUUUCCGUGCCCGAGGUUGUUCCCGUGCCCGUAGUCGUUCCGGAACCCGUAGUCGUUCCGGAGCCCGUAGUCGUUCCCGUGCCCGAGGUUGUUCCCGUGCCCGUAGUUGUUUCCGUGCCCGAGGUUGUUUCCGUGCCCGUAGUCGUUCCGGAGCCCGUAGUCGUUCCGGAGCCCGUAGUCGUUCCGGAGCCCGUAGUCGUUCCGGAGCCCGUAGUCGUUCCGGAGCCCGUAGUCGUUCCCGUGCCCGAGGUUGUUUCCGUGCCCGAGGUUGUUUCCGAGCCCGUAGUUGUUCCCGUGCCCGAGGUCGUUCCCGUGCCCGAGGUUGUUUCCGUGCCCGAGGUUGUUCCCGAGCCCGUCGUUGUUCCUGUGCCCGAGGUUGUCCCUGUACCUGAGGUCGUUCCUGUGCCCGAGGUUGUUCCUGACCCCGAUGUCGUACUUGAGCCGGUGGUAGUUCCUGAGCCUGAAGUUGUUUCUGAGCCCGAGGUCGUCCCCGUGCCCGAGGUCGUCCCUGUGACCGAGGUCGUCCCUGUGCCCGAGGUCGUCCCUGCGCCCGAGGUCGUCCCUGUGCCCGAGGUCGUCCCUGCGCCCGAGGUCGUCCCUGUGCCCGAGGUCGUCCCUGUGCCCGAGGUUGUUUCUGAGCCCGAGGUCGUCCCCGUGCCUGAGGUUGUCCCUGUGCCCGAGGUGGUUCCCGACCCCGAAGUCGUACCUGAACCGGUGGUGGUUCCCGACCCCGAUGUGGUACCUGAGCCCGUAGUUGUUUCCGAUCCCGACGUUGUUCCCGUUCCCGAGGUUGUUCCUGAGCCGGAAGUUGUUUCGGACCCUGAGGUCGUACCUGAGCCCGAAGUUGUCCCAGAGCCGGAAGUUGUUCCCAUGCCUGAGGAUGUUCCCGCGCCCGAGGUCGUCCCCGUGCCCGAGGUCGUUCCCGUGCCCGAGGUCGUUCCUGUGCCCGAGGUCGUUCCCGUGCCCGAGGUCGCCCCCGUGCCCGAGGUCGUUCCCGUGCCCGAGGUCGUCCCCGUGCCCGAGGUCGUCCCCGUGCCAGAGGUCGUCCCCGUGCCAGAGGUCGUUCCCGUGCCAGAAGUCGUUCCCGAGCCUGAAGUCGUGCCUGAGUUUGUGGUGGAGCUGGUAUCGGCUGAGCUUGACGCAAUAGUUGUGCCCGAGCUGGUCGGUACUUCUAUCAACACGACAGUCGUUAGGACACCAUCCAUGAGGGUAACUAUUGUUCUGGUGAAUCCGACGCUGCCAGUUGUGAUGGUAAUGGUGCUCAGCACAUUUGUCAUCGUGGUUGUGCCAGCCGUGCCUGAAGUGGUGCUUGCCGUGGUGGAGGUGGUUGAUCUGAUUCCGCCAGAGUUACUAGAUGUAUCCGAUUCGCUCGUGGAGCCCGAGUUGGUUGUCGAGCCGGUAGAUCCCGAGUUGGUCGUCGAGCCGGUAGAACCAGAGUUGGUCGUCGAGCCGGUAGAUCCCGAGUUGGUCGUCGAGCCGGUAGAACCAGAGUUGGUCGUCGAGCCGGUAGAGCCCGAGUUGGUCGUCGAGCCGGUAGAGCCCGAGUUGGUCGUCGAGCCGGUAGAACCCGAGUGGGUCGUCGAGCCGGUAGAACCAGAGUUGGUCGUCGAGCCGGUAGAACCAGAAUUGGUAGUCGAGCCGGUAGAACCAGAGUUGGUCGUCGAGCCGGUCGAGCCCGAGUUGGUCGUCGAGCCGGUCGAGCCCGAGUUCGUCGUCGAGCCAGUAGAGCCUGAGUUCGUCGUCGACCCCGAGUUGGUGGUUGAGCCUGAAUUAGUAGUAGAGCCUGAAAUGGUGGUUGAGCCUGAAUUGGUGGUUGAGCCCGAGUUGGUGGUUGAGCCCGAGUUGGUGGUUGAGCCCGAGUUGGUGGUUGAGCCCGAGUUGGUAGUCGAGCCUGAGCUGGCGGUACUGCCCGAGUUGGUGGUUGAGCCCGAGCCGGUGGACUGCGAACCCGUGCUGAUGCUCGUCGACGUCACGGUGAUGGUGCUCAGCACCGUGUUGGUCCUGGUGGUCGUCGCAUCGCAAUCCGACGUACACUUGGUCGUCCUUGUCUUCUUCGUCUUUGUCGGCUUAUGCAUCCCACCCGACGAUUCGGGAGGCGGCAUGUAA